AUGUCUGACAGCGAUAGUGACUGUGAACCACGUGACUUUAGUCCUCAACCACACUCUAGUGAUAUGCAGGUCCAAAUGAACCUGUUGAGACAGGAAAUGGGAGUUCUUAGGGACUGUUUAAGUAGUUCCUUGCGCAUGCAGACUGAAAUCCUUAAGCAGUGGGAAAAAGAACCUGAGCCCUACGCUCCUCGUCAUGUAGUCACAUUUUCUGACCCACUUAGUGCAUCCACACCCCAUCACAUCAACCACACUAGUCAACCAGUAGGUGUUCAAGCUUAUGAUCACAGGGCUCCUGAGGUUCACAAAACCACUACUCACCCAAAGCCAGAGACAUGCACUGGUUCGGGGGCUACAGGACUCAAACUCGACCCAUGCUCAAAUAGUGUGUUCUUGUCUGGAACAAAGACAAAUGCUUCUUGCAGCAGUGUCAGCUGCUCAGGUGGUCAUCUGUUGUCCGACUCAUCUAUUCUCAGUGGCACUUCAAGGGUUUUGACGUCUCUGUUGCAACAAUCCAAGCUCGAACCUCCUGUAUUUAGUGAUUCGGGAAGUGUUUCCCCAGAAGAAUGGCUUCGUGCUGUGGACUCUUACAAGCAUGAUGUGGGGCUGUCAGAUGCCCAAGUCCUGUCAGAACUGCCGAGAUUUCUAAGGGGUGAGCCUGGUCGCUGGUUUCAGGUGCUCAAACCUCAUCUUCGCAACUGGUCCCAGUUCUCUGAGCUUUUUCAAAAGGCCUUCUUGCCAUUUGAUAAUCAAGAAAGAAUUUGGAGAAACAUCCUGGACCACGUUCAAGCUCCCGACGAGCCCCUGCCAACUUUUGUUGCACACAUGCUAUGUGAAUUUGCUAAGCUCAAGAAUCCACCUCCUGAACAGGAGCAAGUUGAGAUUAUUUGCAAACAUGCUUUAGAGAAGUAUGCUGUUGCUCUUUAUGGCACACCUGUUCCGUCUGUCGCAGACCUGUUGCUACGAGCCCAUGAACUGCAUGCAGCCCUUGGUCACCGCGAUCGCAAUAGACCACCACCUUCUCUUCGUAAGCCAGCUAAAUCUGUAUUCUGCUAUGGGUGUUCCUUGCCUGGUUUCACUGCACGUACUUGCCCACAGUGCAAUUCUUUGGAUCCCCAAGAGGAAGAAAGCGGACAGGGGCCAAGCAAAGAAAAAGCGGCAGCCCCAGGGAAACUUGCAAGGGGGGAGGCCGUAUCGACGAGGCACCCCUCCCCCCAGGAAUUAGCUAAGCCUCUUUCUAAUGCCCCUGGUGUCACCUUUCUGGGACACAUUGAGGACACCACGUCCACUGCCUUCUGGAAUACCCCAUUCUGUGUCACAUUGAAGCUUAAAAACCAUGUUGUGACAGCAACCUUAGACACCGGAGCUUCACUUUCUGCCAUACAAGCAACAUAUGUAGAGAAAGAUUCAGACGGAAAGAUCAAGUGCACGCCAUGGACAGCUCCUCCUUUAAGACUGGCUGAUUCAGCACGCUGUGACCCAAUUGGUGUUACCUGGCUACCAAUAUGGUUCCAGGGUCAACGUUUCUUUCACCGAUUUGUAAUUCUUAGCCAGAUGGCUUCUCCAGUCAUUCUGGGAAUGGACUUUAUGCUCCGUGCAUCCGUCACCAUACACAUACCAAGUAGAACUGUGUCUAUCGGUACCCAGGCAGACCAAGGCGGGGGUGUAUUGGCUGAUGCACCAGUUCCUAAGGAAACACUGUGUACACUGGAGGGUCCUGACCUUUCCUGCCCACAAGGGGAAGCCAGUUCCAUAUCAGUUAAGGUAGGAGAAUCUUCAUUAAACCAUGACCAGAAGGAGAAAUUGCAGGAACUUUUGAGGGACUUUCAGGGUCUGUUUGCUGGCCGCCUUGGUCACACCACGCUAGCAGAGCAUCGUAUCGAGACCGGGGAUGCCAGGCCAAUUAACCUCCCCCCCUAUCGCACCUCUCCGCUGAAAAAGAAACUUAUCGAAGAGCAAAUACAAAAAAUGUUGGAAGAAGGCAUAAUCGAACCAGCUUCAGGUCCGUGGGCAGCGCCAGUUGUCAUUGUGCCAAAAGCCUCCGGAGAACCAAGGUUUUGCGUCGAUUACAGAGGACUUAAUCAGGUGACCGUCAAAGAUCGCUACCCACUGCCAAGAGUUGACGAAUCAUUAGACUUCCUAGCACGGGGAAAGUUCAUCUCUACUAUUGAUUUAGCCCGAGGGUACUGGCAGGUUGGGGUCGAAGAAAGUUCAAGGCCAAAAACUGCAUUUGCCUCCCACUGUGGCCUAUUCCGUUUUAAAGUUUUACCGUUUGGCCUUUGUAACUCACCUGCCACUUUUCAAAGACUUAUGAACACAGUCUUGGCGGGACUGGUGUAUAAGUGUUGUGCAGUCUACCUUGACGAUGUGGUGAUCGCGUCGCCAACUUUUGAUCAACAUCUCCGCGACCUGAGAGAGGUGUUUACAAGGCUCGAAUCGGCCGGACUAUCACUGAAGCUGGGCAAGUGUCAGUUUUGUUUGGAUGAACUUAAGUUCCUGGGGUACAGAGUCUCUCCUGAGGGAAUCCGACCUGACCUUGACAAGGUAAAAGCAGUUACAGAAUUCUCAGUGCCAACUGAUGUGCGACAAGUAAGACAGUUUUUAGGUCUGACUAGCUAUUACAGACGGUUCAUAAGUGGAUAUGCAAAGCAAGCUGAACCCCUGUUCGCCCUGACCCGACAAGACUCUUUGUUUCUAUGGGAUGAAAGCUGUCAGCAGGCAAUGGACUUUUUGAAAGAACGCCUCACCUCAGCACCCAUAUUAUGUUUCCCUGAUUUUGAGCGCACUUUCUACCUGCACACAGAUGCAUGUGACUUAGGACUUGGUGCGGCGCUUAUGCAGAAGGACGAAACUGGGAAAGAGGUGGUGGUGGCAUACGCCAGUCGCACUCUGCACAAAUCUGAAAAACCCUACUCAACGACUGAGAAAGAGUGUCUCGGGGUGAUUUGGGCUCUAGAGCAUUUUAGACCUUAUAUUGAAGGUCUUCCAGUUACAGUCUAUACAGACCACAGCAGCUUGAAGUGGCUUAUGUCUCGGCCAAACCCGUCAGGUCGACUUGCAAGAUGGUGCCUUAGGCUCCAGGAUUUUGACAUCAGAAUCAUUCACAAACCAGGUGCACGAAAUCAGGUGCCAGAUGCGCUGUCACGGAACCCCGUGCAGUCAGACCAGGGCCCCACUGACCUUCUUCCAGAGCAUGCGGUCAUAGCAGGCCUAGACCUCCGUGCCCAGCCCAUGGUGGAACUGACCGACAAAGAGCACUUACGGCGUCUUCAGCAUGACGACCCAGCCUUGUUGAAUAUUUUCCAAAAGUUGGAGAAUUCCCAGUGUACUGAGUCCGAGGAGGACUGGGAGACCAAGUUCACUGUGCAUGAGGGACUCCUGUAUUACAGAGAAGGCAGAUUUAGCUGUAGCUUACACCCUCUGAAGGAGCUAAAACUUUAUGCCCCGGAAUCCAUUAGAGGUUCCUUGCUGAAUUAUUUCCAUGAUCACCCGACCGCUGGUCAUCUGGGCAUUACGAAGACCCUCGCUAGAAUGCGCCUGCGUUUCUUUUGGCCAAAGAUGAGGAAGGAUGUAAAGACGUAUGUGCUCUCUUGCCCAGUGUGCCAACUUACCAAACCUAGUCAAAAGAAACCUGCUGGUCUGCUAGUGCCUAUCCAUACCAGUGAGCCAUGGGAAGUCGUUGGUGUUGACUUUGUGGGGCCGUUACCCCGCACAGCGUCUGGAAAUGCUUAUAUUCUAGUCUUUGUUGACUACUUCAGCAAGUGGAUAGAGGUGUGCGCAGUCAGAGAAGCCACAGCACAAGUCGCCGCGAGCAAGUUUCAGAGUGAGGUGUUUGCCCGCCACGGGGCCCCAAAGUACCUAAUUUCAGACAGGGGUACGCCGUUCAUGAGUGAACUUUUCAAUCAAGUGCUGACAAUUGUGGGUUCUGAGCAUCGUCUUACCACAGCUUACCACCCCCAGACAAAUGCGACAGAGAGAGUGAAUCGCACCCUCAAAACAGCGAUUCGAGCAUAUGUCGGGGAUAAACAUAACACCUGGGACAAGUAUAUCCCACAGAUUUGCUUUGCACUCAGAACAGCCCCUCACGAAAGUACGGGUUUCAGCCCAGCGAAAAUGCUCUAUGGGAGAGAACUUGCGACCCCAGUAGACUUGCUGACCCAACCGUCCACUGAUGGGACAGACGACCCUUUCUUGUCCCCGCCACAAACCCUUGAACAGUCUUUGCAGGAGACUCAUGAUCAUGCUCGAGCAGCACUUCAGACUAGUCACGAACGUAAAAAGCACUAUUACGACUUAAAACGUCGACCUGUCACCUAUCAGCUCGGAGACCUGGUCCGCCUUAAGACUCAUCCCCGCUCUGAUGCUGUAGCAAACUUGACUGCAAAGCUAGCAUGUGUUUAUGCUGGACCUUACCGCGUUGUCCAAAGGCUGUCUGCCGUCAACUACCGUCUAGCCAAUAUGGAUGGCACAGAUGUGGGUGUUGUUCACGUUGUUAAUCUCCAGCCUUUCCACACGUGGACCACAUCAGAGUCACAGAAUAAACGGCGGCACAGCCCAAGCCGUUCCAGACAGCACGAGUCUCACAGUGCAGUCGAUGAGGAUAAUGAUGAUAGGCCAAGUGGGAAUCUAGAUGAUGUUGGCAGCUCAGGGGAUGAGUGCUCAGCACCUGACGAGGCUGUGGAAGAGGAACCUAAGCUCGAAAGUCAAAUAAUUAGUCCUGAGUCUGGCCUUGUUGACUUGUCACAGCCUUUAGCUGACAUGUUUGAUGGUGACACUGACGUCCCACUUCCUUCGAAUUAUAAUUUGAGGAGUAGGGCAGAUACUGCUCCUAUGCUUGACGCAGACAUUGACUUUACUACAGGCCUAGGCCCUGACAGUAGUGCUGCUGGCAGUGACCCAUCUGACGUUCCACAAUCUAACGCUUAUGACCUCAGACCAGUACUCUGCGUUGAUACCACUGCU